AUGGAGCUCAAUGAAGAUCCUGGGCCAAUGAAUAAUUAUGUACUUUAUGAUCAAGAUAACCAUGUUUCUUCAGCAGUUUGGGAUGGACAGGAGCGUGGUGUUCUUAGAUGCCAUGAACACACUUCAAUGCUUGAUCAGUGGAAGCUCACACCUAAACAGAUUAAGUUGGUUGAGAAGGCUGGUUUCGGUUACCUACGAUUACUUCCUGCUAUGAGUCUUGACAACGCACUGAUAGCAGCUUUGGUUGAGAGGUGGAGGAGAGAAACAAAUACUUUUCACUUAACCGUUGGAGAAUUAACAAUAACCCUGGAAGAUGUAGCAUUGUUACUUGGAUUGGCUAUUGAUGGAGAACCUGUGAUAGGACCAAUAAGUGCACCCAGUGCAGCCUGUGAGAAACUACUAGGGAGAGUACCGGAUGAUUUGAAUGGUGGAAUGGUGAAGCUUACUUGGCUGAAGGAAUUCUUUUCUGAGUGUCCUGAAGAUGCAUUACUGGAGGAAACUGAACGUUGUACCCGUGCUUACCUUCUAUACCUAGUAGGCAGUACAAUAUUUUCUACAACAACUGGGAACAAAGUCCCUGUUAUGUACCUUUCUUUGCUUGAAAACUUUGACGAGGCUGGGAAGUUUGCUUGGGGUGCAGGAGCAUUGGCGUUUCUAUAUCGUUCACUCGGCAAUGCUUCCCUUAAAUCUCAAAGCACAGUUAGUGGCUGUUUAACUCUAGUACAGUGUUGGAGUUAUUCCCGCCUCAAUGUCGGACAGCCUAAAUUUAACCAAGACCCUGACAGUAAUUGCUUUCCCUUUGUGCUUAAAUGGAAAGGGAAAAGUGGUUGUAGGACGAAAUAUAAUGUAGCUUCCUACCGAAAGGCUUUGGAUUCUCUUAAUCCUUGUGAUGUCCAGUGGCUUCCUUACAAGGAUAUGGACUAUGCAGCCAUACCAGAAUAUAUACAAACUAGUUUGAUUUUACGGGCAUCUAGGACUAUGCUGUUGUGUUUUGACAAGGCGGAAAGGCACCUUCCCGAUCGUUGCUUAAGGCAAUUCGGCAUGCAUCAAGCCAUCCCAAAAGAUGUGGAACGUUGGGAGAGGAAGAGUCGUAUAGUGGAUCAUGGGGCAGACUUGAUGGGAAAAAUGGACACGGCUCUCAAAGAAUGGUCAGAGCGUUGGCUUCAUAUUGUUGAAGGCGGCAACAUUUUAGAUGAGGAUGAGUACAUGCAGUGGUACCAGAAGAUAACUCGAAAAUACAUUGGGAGAGUUACGUCAUCUGUAGAGUCAGAGUAUCAGAGAGCAGUUACUGCUAUGAGGGAAAUUGCGAAUCUUGCUGAUAUAUUCUCAACCGAAGGGUUGGAUUCUUAUAAUAGAGGCUUGAUUGACGAAGUGAAAAAUAUUGCACAUAAGUGUUUAACAGAACAAUUUGAAGAAACACCAAAGGAGAAAGUAACUAAGAAGGGUAGUAGGAAACGUAAGCAAAAGGAUCCUCCGAGCAUGGAAUAUGAAUAA